GAAUAAAAGAUUGGUCGAAGUCGCCAGCCAUUGGCGACUUCUUCUUCUUCUUCUUCCGACCUACUCCUGUUCUUCGUCUCUAGAUCUCUCUCUAUCUCACAAGUCGUCUCCUUGUCGUUCCUUUCUUCGUCUUCGUUAAGACGGAAAACUCACAUUUAAUUAGCAUUUAUCUUUCCUCUUUCUCCUCUCAUUUUAUUCCUUGUUUAAAAAAUUUAUUUCCUCUGCUUCUUCGUAUUCGCUUACGUCACCUCUCUUCACCUCUUUGGUUGAUUUAUUUUGGCGCAAACAAAAAGAAAAGCGAAAAAUCUCAACGAUCCGGAUCCACCCAAAAUUAAGCUCAGAGCAGAGGGUCAAUCAAUCAAUCUCCCCGCAUCAAUUCCCAUUCUUGUGUCGUGUCGUAAAGGUUGGGCCUUUUUGUCUCUCCGAUUGAGGAUCUCUCUCCCUCUCGAUCUGCCCCCCAAAACAAAAAGGUCCAUCAUUUCGCUGGAUCAAGGGGGUGGGGGUUUUUGAGCUCGAAUCAUCCCUUUGAGGUUCUGUUUCAAAUGAACCCGUAAAGUUCCCUCCUUUUUUUUCAUCCAUGGAGAACUCGAUCGACAAACCACCGCCUCAUCCUCAUCAUCAUCGCAACGAUUCCAUUUCUUCGAGAUGGAGCCUCUCUUCCAAAGACCCUUCCCUCAGAGAAGUCACUUUCAACGAUCCAGGAUCAAAGCGCAUCCGCCACGGAUCAGCCGACUCCGAGAUGCUCACCAUGUCUCAGAAAGAGAUCAAAGACGAGGACGCUCGUCUUGUUUACAUCAACGACCCCGACAAAACCAACGAGAGCUUCGAGUUCACUGGCAAUUCCAUCAAGACAGCAAAGUACUCUGUCUUCACCUUCUUGCCUAGGAACCUCUUCGAACAGUUCCACAGAGUCGCUUACGUUUACUUUCUUGUCAUAGCCGUGCUCAACCAGCUCCCUCAGCUUGCGGUUUUCGGUAGAGGCGCGUCCAUCAUGCCGCUCGCGUUUGUUCUCCUUGUCUCUGCUAUUAAAGACGCUUACGAGGAUUUCAGGAGGCAUAGGUCGGAUAGAGUCGAGAACAAUAGGCUUGCUUUAGUCUUCGAGGAUGGUCAGUUUCGAGAGAAGCAGUGGAAGUAUAUUCGCGUUGGGGAGGUUAUCAAAGUUGUGUCUAACCAGUCGCUUCCUUGUGACAUGGUCCUCUUGGCCACGAGUGAUCCCACCGGGGUUGUAUAUGUUCAGACGACUAACUUGGAUGGAGAGUCUAAUCUGAAGACGAGGUACGCCAAGCAGGAGACGCUUCAGAAGGCUAAUGAUCUGGAGACGUUUGAUGGGUUUAUUAAAUGUGAGAAACCGAAUAGGAACAUAUACGGGUUUCAAGCGAACAUGGAGAUCGAUGGGAGAAGGCUCUCUCUUGGACCUUCUAAUAUUAUUCUCAGAGGAUGUGAGCUCAAGAACACUGAGUGGGCCUUAGGGGUUGUUGUCUACGCUGGCGGCGAGACGAAAGCUAUGCUUAACAACUCAGGAGCGCCGUCCAAGAGGAGUAGGCUGGAGACUCGGAUGAAUCUAGAGAUCAUUCUGCUGUCUUUGUUUCUCAUCGCCUUGUGUACGACCGCGGCCGCCACGGCUGCUGUGUGGUUGAGGCGGCACAGGGAUGACCUGGACACGAUUCUCUUUUAUAGGAGAAAGGACUACUCGGAGAGGCCAGGAGGGAAGAAUCAUAAUUACUAUGGUUGGGGUUGGGAGAUAUUCUUCACUUUCUUUAUGGCGGUCAUCGUGUACCAGAUCAUGAUACCCAUUUCUCUCUACAUAUCCAUGGAGCUUGUCCGUAUUGGUCAAGCGUACUUCAUGACUCGAGAUGAUCAGAUGUACGACGAGUCUUCGAAUUCAAGUUUCCAGUGCAGGGCUUUGAACAUAAACGAAGAUUUGGGGCAGAUUAAGUAUUUAUUCUCUGAUAAGACUGGUACUCUCACUGACAACAAGAUGGAGUUUCAAUGUGCCUGCAUAGGAGGUGUUGAUUACUCUGACUGGGAGUCUGAGCAUGCUGGUUACUCCAUUGAAGUUGAUGGAAAUAUUUUGAAGCCAAAGAUGAGGGUGAGAGUUGAUCCUGUGCUUCUUGAAUUGACGAAAAAUGGCUAUGCAACCAAAGAAGCAAAACGUGCGAACGAGUUCUUCCUCUCGCUGGCAGCUUGCAAUACAAUUGUGCCGAUCGUUACCAACACAUCUGAUCCCAAUGUAAAGCUGGUAGAUUAUCAAGGGGAGUCCCCUGAUGAACAAGCGUUAGUCUAUGCAGCAGCUUCAUAUGGUUUCUUGCUCAUUGAGAGAACCUCUGGUCAUAUAGUUAUUAAUGUGCGAGGAGAAAUGCAAAGGUAUAAUGUUUUGGGAUUGCAUGAGUUUGAUAGUGACCGAAAAAGAAUGUCGGUGAUACUGGGAUGCCCCGACAUGUCGGUGAAACUCUUUGUAAAAGGUGCAGACUCAUCCAUGUUUAGUGUCAUGGAUGAAUCCUACGGCGACGUUAUAGAAGAGACCAAGAGACAACUUCAUGCCUACUCCUCUGAUGGUUUGAGAACUCUUGUUGUUGGGAUGAGAAAGCUGAACGAUUCAGAGUUUGAGCAUUGGCGUUCUUCGUUUGAGUCGGCAAGCACCGCCUUGAUUGGUAGGGCAGGAUUGCUAAGAAAGGUUGCUGGAAACAUCGAGACUAACCUUAGGAUAGUAGGAGCCACUGCGAUCGAAGACAAACUGCAGCGUGGUGUCCCGGAAGCAAUAGAGUCUCUGAGAAUCGCAGGGAUAAAAGUAUGGGUCCUGACUGGUGACAAGCAAGAAACUGCCAUAUCUAUUGGCUUCUCAUCGAGGCUACUGACAAGAAACAUGAGGCAGAUUGUGAUAAAUAGCAACUCGUUGGAUUCUUGUCGGAGGAGCUUAGAAGAAGCAAACGCCAGUAUUGAAAGUAAUGACGAAAGUGUAGCUUUAAUUAUUGACGGUACCAGUCUCAUAUAUGUACUCGACAAUGAUCUUGAAGAUGUGCUCUUCCAAGUGGCAUGUAAAUGCUCUGCGAUACUCUGCUGCCGUGUUGCUCCUUUCCAGAAAGCUGGAAUCGUUGCACUUGUAAAGAACCGGACUUCCGACAUGACUCUCGCCAUUGGUGAUGGUGCCAAUGACGUCUCCAUGAUCCAAAUGGCUGAUGUUGGGGUAGGGAUCAGUGGCCAAGAAGGUCGCCAAGCUGUGAUGGCAUCUGAUUUCGCAAUGGGACAGUUCAGAUUCUUAGUUCCGCUAUUGCUCGUCCAUGGACACUGGAAUUACCAAAGGAUGGGCUACAUGAUACUAUACAAUUUCUAUAGAAAUGCAGUUUUCGUUCUAAUUUUAUUUUGGUACGUUUUGUUUACUUGCUACACAUUGACAACGGCCAUCACGGAAUGGAGUAGUGUCUUGUACUCAGUCAUAUACACAUCAGUUCCUACAAUAAUUAUCGGUAUUCUUGACAAAGACCUCGGAAGGAGGACUCUUCUCAAUCAUCCUCAGCUCUACGGUGUUGGCCAGAGGGGAGAGGGAUACUCCACAACGCUCUUCUGGUAUAUGAUGUUUGACACAAUCUGGCAAAGUGCAGCCAUCUUCUUCAUUCCUCUCUUUGCUUAUUGGGGCAGUACCAUCGACACGUCGAGCCUAGGAGAUCUAUGGACCAUUGCUGCAGUUGUGGUUGUCAAUCUUCACUUGGCCAUGGAUAUAAUAAGAUGGAACUGGAUCACUCACGCAGCCGUAUGGGGAUCCAUUGUUGCAGCUUGUAUAUGUGUUAUUGUGAUCGAUGUUAUACCCACACUCCCUGGUUACUGGGCAAUUUUCGAAGUGACCUCGACAUGGAUGUUCUGGUUUUGCUUGCUUGCCAUUGUUGUGACGUCAUUGCUUCCUAGAUUCGCUAUUAAGUAUCUCUGUGAGUAUUACAGACCUUCAGAUGUUCGGAUUGCUAGGGAGGCUGAAAAGCUUGGAACUUUCAUAGAACCCCAAAGCAUGGAAAUUGAAAUGAACCAAGUUGGGGAUCCUGUAAGGAGAUAAUAUCAGGAAAGGGCAACAUCUCUCAAAUCAAAAAUUCUUUUAUACAACACCCUUCAGCGGAAGUAAAUACAAAAGAUUAUAUAUUCCCAUUUUUCCCCACCUUGGUUGCUUACUAUUUCAAAGAGUAGGUUUUGUUUGAUUGUAGUGUAACAAUGUUGUUACAUAAAUCUCUGGCUGUAAUUCUCCACUUUGUUGUAACAUACCCACAAGCUUUACUUUGUAAAGAGAAAGAACAUCGAGAUUUGAUCUUAUUUCGUCGUUAA